AUGCAAGUGACCAGGGUUCCUCUCUGCCUCCUGCUACUCAGCCAGCUCUUCCCUGGCAAGGUUUCAGCCCGCCAAGGCUGCAAGAGCGGACACUUCACCUCCCUUGGGGAAUGCUGUGACCCUUGCCCCCCGGGCUAUGGGGUGGCCGUCCCGUGCGGCAGCUCCAACACGGAGUGCGAGCCCUGCAGAGAGAAUGGGACGUUCUCCUCCAGCAGCAGCGCCACGGAGCCGUGCCAGCCGUGCUCACGGUGCCCGGUGGCAGAGGCGUGCACCCCCACCCGCGACACUGUGUGCAUCCCCCAGUGCCCCCCCAGCCACUACCUGCACGCGGAGAACGGGAGCAGCAGCCGGUGCUUGCCUUGCCAGGUGUGCGGGCCAGGCUACGGGGCAGCGACGCCGUGCGGGCCUACGAACAACACCAUCUGCCAAAAAUGCCCGGAGGGCUUUUACUCGGAGGAGAAGAGCGACUCGGCGCCGUGCCUGCCCUGCCGGCUGGAGUGCCACGAGGACGAGGUGAUGAUCCGGGCCUGCAGCCCCGUGUCGGACACACUGUGCAUGGACAGAGAGCUGCAGAUCCUGAAGCGCACGGAUGGGGACCCCCGCAAGGAGCACCCCAAGAAGCCUCCGCUGUCUGAGUCAGAGGGCAGCGCCUCCCCCAAUAACUCCUCCGAGUUCCUCCCGCCGCUGCCAGACAACAGCAAGAACAUCAUCCCCGUCUACUGCUCUAUCCUGGCCGCGGUGGUGGUGGGGCUCCUGGCCUACGUGGCUUUCAAAUGCUGGAACACCUGCAAGCAGAAGAAGCAGCUGGCCAAAGCCAGGGCUGGGGAGCUGGGGGCCUCCCCCGAGGGCGAAAAGCUUCACAGCGACAGCGGCGUCUUCCUCGACACACACAGCCUGCAGGAGCACCACCCGCUCAACAAGGCACACAGGGCUGAGCCCCGGCUGUACAGCGCCCUGCCACCCCACAAGCAGGAGGAGGUGGAGCAGCUGCUGGAGAGCUCCAGCCACGGCAAGGACUGGCGCUGCCUGGCCAGCCAGCUGGGCUACGAGGAAGAGGCCAUCGACACCUUCGGCCGGGGCGAAGCCCCCGCCCACACCCUCCUCUCCGACUGGGCCGCCAAAGAGGGGGCCACGCUGGAGGCCCUGUGCGCAGCCCUGGCCGGCAUCGAGCGGCCGGACGUGGUGGAGAACUUGACCGGCCCAGCUGAAGCCAGCUCGGUGGUGUAA